CAAGUCACAAAGAUCCUUGCGGACUGAUCAGGGUCUCCAAAUCUCGAAUACCACAAAGACUGUAAAACGGAGACUGUUAGCUUAGUCAAUAUUAAAGGUGAUCAAAAUGUACAAAGUGGACAUCCCAAUCAAUGACAAAGAGUCUGCUGCUUUGGAAAGGCGGAAGAACCUUGAGCUGCAGAGACAGAGCAGGAUUUUCAAUCCAAGAGUCCGGACAAUUGGAGUAGAUGUUACAGCACUUGAUCAGCAAGUGCAGGAACGCAAGAGACAUGAGGAGGAAGAGCAAAACCGAGAUACUGCUUUUGAUGAACUCCGUAUUUUAGAAGCCCAGGCUUUGAAAGAGCAUGAAAUAAAGGAGGAAUUGAAAAGAAAGGAACUGGAGAAAGACAUUGUCAAGUUCAGGAAUACAUUUCAACGGCGAGAAGAUGGACGGGACUUUGACCUCAAUGACUUUCGAGGUCAUCACAUGGAGCCUCCAGCUAGAAUUUCUGACACAGACCCUCGGUGUGGACCAUCAGGUUUGCAGAUAUUUGAGGGUGAAGACCUUGGAGAAAAGAUUAGGACAAAGGUACAGAAAGAAGAGAAUGAACGGAUUUUGAGCCUGCAGAAAGAGAACAAUGAGUGGAAGAAAGUUGCUCAGAAAUAUGCAGAUCACAUGUCUGACAGGAAGCUGAUUGACCUGGAUAUACGUGCGUUACACCUGUCUCAGCUUGAAGAGGAGUUCAAAAAAGCUAUUAAUAUGUCGCUGGCUGACUACAAUAAAGCAUUGGCACAAGAGUCUUCUGAGCGGCAAAGGAUAGAAAAUGAAAAGGAGCAAGAAAUUAAUCUGAUAGAUAUCUGGGGCCAGCUGACCUCGGAUCUACUGACAGAAAAUCCAGAAGCUGCCAGACAAAGUCUUUGGGGACAUCAUCGGAUCCUGGUGGACCGCUGGAAGGGCAUGAGUCCUGAGGAACGUGAGGAAAUUGAGAGGCAGCGAAGGGAACAGGUUGCAGAGAAAAAGCGCUUGAAUUCUGAGGCAAAUGAAUCUGCUGCAGAAUGGGACAGGCAGAGCGUGUUGGUAACAACUAUAGGAGAGCAGCUCCAAAAGAAACAGGAAGAGAAAGUGAAAGAGCUGAGGGGAAAAUUGGAUCGAUACAACCAGCAGCUAGCAAGAGAGCAGCAAUCCCAUCAAAGAUUUCUUGACAAGGAACUCUACAAGAAUGAACCUACAGCCCAGUACUUUGCACAGUUCAACACCACUUCUCGCUGAACCAGGACCCAGCACCUCCAUAUCUGAUCUCCUAGUUCUCUAAACUCAAUACCUCAAGUGCACUUCAUGUUUCUGAGAACUUGUAUAAUGCUGUUUAUAAAACAAAUUUGCUCUA